UUCACCUUGAUCUGAACUGGCAUCCAUCCAUCCAUCUAGGCACCUACAUUUUAAUUUGCCUUUUCAAUUUACCAAAAACCCAUAUUCUUGAAAUUUGAACCUUCCCACUUUCUCAUUUCUGCCUCUAUUUAAACGUCUGUGUGGCUUCUUCAAGUUGUAAUCAAUCAGGAUUCAGGGUCUCCUCUUCCUUUCUUUGGUCUGAGUUGCCUUUCCCACCACACCUGUUUGACAAAUGGCCUUAAUGGCCAAUCUCUUUGUCUUUAGCGUGCUUCUUCUAUCUGGCUCAUGGGUUUCAGCCAAUGCCAAUGCCAAUGGACUGUCCCAAAAGAAGGAUGCUGUUUACCCCCAUGUUCCAGUUCCAGUUCAAGCUCCUUCUACUCCAGUUUACAAAGCGCCGCCAGUGAAGCCACCAACAAUCCCUGUUUUGACCCCACCGCCAGCUUCGCCUGUGAAGCCACCAACAAUCCCUGUUUUGACGCCACCUCCAGCUCCGCCUGUUAAGCCACCCACAAUCCCUGUUUUGACACCACCGCCAGUUAAAGCACCAUACACCCCUGCUCCUCCAGUUAAGCUUCCACCACCUCCUUAUACUCCUUCUCCACCGGUGAAGCCACCGUCUUCUCCCCCGCCUGCUAAAGCUCCUUACACUCCAUCUCCUCCUGUGAAGCCACCUUCCACCCCUGUUCCACCAGUGAAGCCACCGUCUCCGGCUGCUCCUAGGCCACCUCCAGUCUUAGGCAAGGCCUGCUACCCAGAAUGUGGAAGAAGAUGCCAACUUCAUUCAAGGAAAAAGAUAUGCCUAAGGGCGUGCUUGACAUGCUGCGACAGGUGCAAGUGUGUUCCACCAGGUACAUAUGGCAACAGGGAAGUCUGUGGAAAGUGCUACACUGACAUGACCACUCAUGGCAGCAGAAGCAAGUGUCCUUAAGCCAAAUGAAGAACGUACACCGCUUUUUGUUUCAUAUUUCUUGAUGGGUUUUGUUCUACAGUCUGGUUUGAUUCAAUGGUCAAUAGUCAUUGGAAUUACUACUGAAAGAGCAUAUAGGAUUAGGCCAUAGGCUGUUCAUAAUUGUAUGCUCUGUUUUUGGGAGUGUUUGAAUUUGAUGUAUUAUAAUGAUGAUGGUAAGGUAUUGAAGUAAUCUACUCUAUUCUAGUUUUGUGCUUUUGGAACUUGUGGUGCUUUUAGCUUCAAGUUUAGGCUUUAAUCUACUUCCAUGUUAAAGUUCAAAUUCUUGUAUCUUAUUUAAUUAUUUUACAUUAAUUAGAAAACAAAAAGGCAGUAAAUAA